GAUGUAAAUGCAGACGUCAAAUAGACGUCUACGCGAUGUACGUGCGCUAUCAGGGUAAAAAUGAAUAUAAGCGAUUUAAUACAGCAGCUUACGUUAAAAAUACGCAAGAUUUAAACCUGCACCUUCAGCCAGUCGUGGAAAAUGUCACACCCCCCGUCGACAGGACGAGAUUAUCAGGAUUGUUCGUCGAAACUAAACGUUGAGGCUGACACGUCUCUGGCUUUAUCCAGCCACAUUCACACUAACUUUAACAAGUGAUGCUAUUAUAAACACAAGCGUUUUCUACAACCUCAGGGUAAUAUAAUGAAACGCCUCAGAUACUAACAGCGCCCCAGUAACGCGUCGCUAAGCCGCUUUUAAGGCUCUGGAUGGAAAUAAGCGCUCGAAGAUGCGCGCGCUGCGAACCUGACGGAAAACUUUCGCGUCGAAAAGCGAAGAAUGAAGCGCGAUGAUCUUAGAGCUUAGGACAGAAAAUAACAGCACGCAGCUCCAAAGCGGAACUUUCUGAGUUUCGAGAAACGCGCAAAUCAUGGCAAAGAAGAAACGGGUUUUAUCGGUCAGUUUUCUCAAGGGAUGCCCAGAUGACAGGUUAUUAUAGAGGCAGACAUGCCGGCCAACCUCACCGCCUCCAGCCACAGCACCAACUACAACUUCCCAGCGCUCAUCUUCGGGAUAUUAUUGAUCGUUAUCAUCAUCUGCGGGAACGUGCUGGUGUGCCUGAGCGUUUACACGGAGAAAGCGCUGAAAACCACCACGAACUACUUCAUAGUGAGCUUGGCUGUUGCUGAUCUGUUGUUGGCUGUUCUGGUCUUACCGCUGUUCGUGUAUGCAGAGUUCCAGGAUGGGGUUUGGUCCCUCAAUAUGACCCUAUGUGAUGGACUGAUGACCAUGGAUGUCAUGCUCUGCACCGCCUCUAUAUUUAACCUCUGUGCCAUCAGCAUAGACAGGUUCAUCGCAGUCUCCAUCCCUCUUAAUUACAACCGCAAACACGUGGAUCAGCGACAGAUUGUCCUGCUUUCAGCCACAUGGAUCCUGGCCUCGGCUGUGGCCUCCCCCGUGAUGUUCGGAAUCAACAACGUCCCCAACCGGGACCACAGCGAAUGCAAGCUGGAGGACAACAACUACGUGGUGUAUUCCUCCGUCUGUUCGUUUUUCGUGCCGUGCCCCAUCAUGCUCUUGCUGUACUGCGGGAUGUUCCGGGGCCUGAGGAACUGGGAGGAGGCGCGGAAGGCCAAGCUGAGGAGCAGCAUGCAGGCCUGCAGAAAGCUUCAGGAGGCUGCCGCGUCCCUGCAGCCGCUGUCCGGCCUGCCGCCCCCUCUGCCACCCGUGAUCAAGAAAGAUCUGACUGACAUUACCUUAGAGGAGCUGGAGCAGGACCCUGACAGCCCGGAGCCCGUGUGCAUGCUCGCCUACCCCGGUGGGACCUACCAUGAACAUCGAAACCAGAACCGGCAAAGGAAGAGGGCGAAAAUAAAUGGGAGGGAGAGGAAAGCAAUGAGGGUGCUUCCUGUUGUAGUAGGUGCCUUCCUGUUCUGCUGGACGCCAUUCUUCGUAGUGCACACGAUGAGGGCUCUCUGUGAAGACUGCUACAUCCCCAGCAGCGUCACUAGCAUCGUGACCUGGUUGGGCUACGUCAACAGCGCCCUCAACCCCGUCAUCUACACCGUCUUCAACACAGAGUUCAGGAAGUUCUUCCGGAAGUUCCUGCCAACUCUGCCCAACUGCUGCUAACCGGAACAUGCUCUUUGCUAACAGUUUACGAACAAAACAUACCCAAAAGUAUAAAUAAACCAGACAAAUAAUGCUUACAUGUAAAUACAGCAUGAAACAAAAAUGAAAGUAUGGAUAUAAUGCACUGUUUGCUGCCUUUACUUUUUUACUUCAUGGUUUAAUUUCGUAUGUUUACAUUUUGAGAGCUGACGUCAAACGGCCUCAUUCAUGAAAAGCAAGCAGAACAAAUGUGCAUAAAACGUUCGUAAAAUCAUUCUUAUGUAAACUGUCGUUUCAUAAUUUCCAUGUAAAUAGUUCAUAAAACUAAUGCUACAUAAACUGAUACAAUCAUACAACACAUGCAUGUAAUUUAAAUGCAUGUACUGUAAAUUGUUCGUAAAAAUCUGGUCGUGGACCAAACUCCUGUACGAUGAUUACACACGAGAACGGUGAAGAAACAUGAAGUAAUG